CGCGCGGGCGGGGCUGCGCGCCUGCCUGCUUCCGGUGUGUGUUCGGCGGGGGCCGCGCAGCGGAGCAGGGAGAUGGCGGAGGGCGGCGCGGAGCGGGCCGAUGGCCGCAUCGUGAAAAUGGAGGUGGAUUACAGCGCGACGGUGGACCAGCGGCUGCCCGAGUGCGAGCGGCUGGCGCAGGAAGGAAGAUUGCAAGAAGUAAUUGAAAACCUUCUCUCCUUGGAAAAACAAACACGCACGGCAUCUGACAUGGUCUCCACAUCCCGUAUCUUAGUUGCUAUAGUGAAAAUGUGUUACGAAGCUAAAGACUGGGAUGCUCUUAAUGAAAAUAUUAUUCUUCUAUCAAAGAGAAGAAGUCAGUUAAAACAGGCAGUUGCUAAAAUGGUCCAGCAGUGCUGCACUUACGUUGAAGACAUCACAGACUUACCAGUCAAACUGCGCUUAAUUGACACGUUGCGUAUGGUUACGGAAGGAAAAAUAUAUGUGGAAAUUGAACGUGCUCGCCUGACAAAGACGCUUGCAACAAUAAAAGAACAGAAUGGUGAGGUGAAAGAGGCUGCCUCUAUUCUGCAAGAACUGCAGGUGGAAACCUAUGGUUCAAUGGAAAAGAAAGAACGUGUAGAAUUUAUCUUGGAGCAGAUGAGACUCUGUCUAGCUGUAAAAGACUAUAUUCGGACUCAAAUUAUCAGCAAAAAAAUUAAUACAAAAUUCUUUCAAGAAGAAAACACAGAAAAACUGAAGUUGAAAUACUACAACUUAAUGAUCCAGCUGGAUCAACAUGAAGGCUCCUACCUCUCCAUCUGUAAGCACUACAGAGCCAUUUAUGAUACUCCGUGUAUCCAGGCUGAAAGUGAAAAGUGGCAGCAGGCACUGAAGAGCGUUGUCCUUUAUGUUAUUCUUUCACCUUAUGACAAUGAACAAUCUGAUUUGGUGCACAGAAUUAGUAGUGACAAGAAGCUAGAAGAAAUCCCAAAGUAUAAAGACCUCCUAAAACUAUUUACCACUAUGGAAUUGAUGCGAUGGACUGCCCUAGUUGAAGAAUAUGGGAAAGAAUUGAGAGAAGGAUCCCUUGACAGUCCUGCAACAGAUGUUUUUGGCUGUACAGAGGAAGGUGAAAAGAGAUGGAAAGAUUUGAAGAACAGAGUUGUGGAACAUAAUAUUAGAAUAAUGGCUAAAUAUUAUACCAGAAUUACAAUGAAGAGAAUGGCACAGCUUCUGGAUCUAUCUGUUGAUGAAUCGGAGGAGUUCCUGUCUAACCUAGUAGUUAAUAAGACCAUCUUUGCUAAAGUAGACAGGCUGGCAGGAAUUAUCAAUUUUCAGAGGCCUAAGGACCCAAACAAUAUACUCAAUGACUGGUCUCACAAGCUCAACUCGUUAAUGGCCCUAGUUAACAAAACCACGCAUCUCAUUGCCAAAGAGGAGAUGAUACAUAACCUGCAGUAAGGUGCCUCAAUAAUCUCAAUGCUUUUAAAGGCAUUAAAUCUUCAUAAUAGAGACUAUUAUUCCAGUGUGUAUAUGGUUGGUUUUCUCCCUGUCAGGCCUUCCUGGUCUAAAGUUUAGAACACAAUUCUGAAAUUCCUGUUGAUAAUUAAGUUCCUGUGAUUAUACAUUCGGUUGUUAUGUGUUUUUGCUACAGUUGGUGAAAAAACAUAAUAAAACUGUAUUGCCUGUAUAA